AGAUCAUCCUCUCGAAAACAAACAAUGUAUUUUACUCCAUACCCGAGCUUUACUGACUGUAAAUUUUAUCUCAUGGUGUGCUGAAUAACUCUUAAAAACGAGGAAACAAGAUCGGUUUCAAACUUGAUCGAAAGUAUGUUUUUUCCCCGAACUUUUUCGCGGAAAACGGCUUACACUGGUUGCGUUCUUUUAGGGCUAUCGUCAAGUGAGUGUCUACGGCACUGAUUAGAAAACCAGGCUAGUUCGGCAUCUUGUUCUUUGCAUGACAUAAUCCUCACAGCUUCACCCGUGAGGUUUUAUUUUACAAUUUAGAAGGCAAAAUGAAUAUCCGGUCCCUCUUUCGAGCCGUUUUUCUCCUGGCCCUGGGGCUGCUGCCCUUAGCGACAGCAUCCUACUUCCCAAAAGCCAUCUUCGGCAUCCCGAUCCAGGCAUCGGUGGUGGCCCUAGAAGGUCCCGACUUCCGCGGCCUGCCGACCUACCGCAUCGAGUUCACCGUGCUCACCAAAGAUGGCGGGAAAGCAGAGGGCUUCAUCCACCGAAGCUACGUGGACUUCAAGCAGUUUGACGCCCUGAAGCCUUGGUACUACAAGGAUCUCAAGCUGCCGUGCGAGGCCGAGGCAACGGUGCAGAGCCUGGAUGCUUACAUCCAAGACACGCUCAUGAAGUACAACUCUCUGGCUCAGACGGAUCUGUACAGUGACUUUCUUGGGAUUAACUGGGACGGCAGCGAGCCCCAGUACCUCAAGAACUACCUGAGCUUCAUGAAGUUCCUCAUCGUGGAUCGCCUACCGGCCUUCGCUCCGGAGCCCCCCGUCAUCGACAGCGAGGCAGACGCGCUGGAACCCAUCACGCCGUUCGAGAAUUACAUCUUCAUGCGGUCCUUCCGCCACAACGACAUCGGGUUCGAGGCCUUCGACGAGUACUACCGCGCCUACGUGGCGACCCUUCCCGAGUUUGCCGGGAAGGCUGACCACUCAGACGUCUGGGCUCCGGGGUUGGACUCCCCGAUCCAGUACCCGUACCACUACGACAAGACCUACGUGCACUUCAAUCCCGGUGGCUACCUCAACGGCCGCACUGUGCGGAUGUCCUACAGCACUGCCAACAAGUUCAACUUUGAGAACGAGGAGAUUCUCAGGCCCUGGUUGGAGCAGCUUCACGGACACCGUCAGCCGAAGAGGAUCCUGGAGAUCGGUACCGGUAACUGCGUUUCUGCCUUCGCUUUGGGAGAGAUAUUUCCCCGCGCUGAAGUCAUAGCCAUUGACCUUGCUCCGGCUUAUGUGAGAUUCUGCCGCCUGUGGAAGCAGAAACGCGGCGCGUCCAACGUGCAUUUCUACCAGGCCAACGGGGAGGCGACGCCCUUCGAGUCCGAGUCCUUCGACCUGGUCCAGUUCACCUAUGUCCUGCACGAGAUGCCGCAGGAGAACAGCAAGCGGGUCCUGCGGGAGAUACACCGCCUGCUGAGACCCGAGGGCGUGGUCAGUGGAUUUGACGUGCUGUACUGGCAGAAUUCGGAAUGGCGCGAAAUCAACAUUCAAAGUAACACGUGGGGCGAAGAGUGGAACAGCACGGCCCAGCAUGGCCCCGAGCCCUACAUGGACGAGUACCAGAACGGUCUGCAAUUACCAAACUUCCUGCAGGAGAUUGGGUUCCAGAUCCAAAAUAACAUCCGCUACAGCAACUUCGAUGGGAUCUAUGUCGCGCGUAAACCACACUUUCUACUCUAGCCGAUUAUUAAAAAAAAUGGUGCCGAUCGUAAUUAUUGUCCGUAUAUUAUGUGGUCUCUAUUUUUGAAAUCGAAUUUCAAUCUCGAGGUGUAAUUUUUUUUAAGACUUUAAAGAUUUUUUUCGAGCAGACCUGGACACUAAACAGUGCUGACGUGACCCAGCUGAGAAACUUUUGCCAAUUAAGUGUCGUCGGUUUAACACUGAGCCAGUUUGGUAGACGGUCGGUUCAGGGUUUGAAUUAACGUCUCCAAUUAUUGCAUGAAUCGUGCCAAUUUUGGUACCAAGACCGUGUCUGGUACGGUCGAGGCAAGACAAUACAAUAUAUUUUCCGAAGAACUGGGACUACUCCUGUGGAACCAUCAGGGACUGAAUAUACGACCCACUUGUCGGCCUCCGAGGAAUUUUAACCCGGGUCAUCGAGGUGGAAGGCGAGGAAAGGACCACUUUUCAAACUGAAAAUAUAAUCAUUUCCUGCGAGUUUCAACAAUUUUAGUCUGAUUGAACCUCUAACAACACUUUACGAAAAAAACAGACCGAACUUCAUAAGACUUGGACACAAAACAUAGUGACAAAUCAUUUAGAUUUGUUUACAUUUAAUCACAUUUAUUAAUCGAGCCAAUAAAAAGUUAAUCACAAGUCACUACGGUCAUAUUGACAAAAAAGAGCGCGUCUAACAUAGGUUCGUUUCAAUCAUUCGAAACCUCGUCUUGAGACCACUGACUUGUGACUGACUUACGAUUGACUGUGAUGGCAAUAGCCCGAUCCAUUAAAUAAGCUCCGCCCAGUGUGUUUUGACCAAUCACAGCAGUGAAAUAUGUCCGACAUGCGUGCACAAAAGUCUGACGCGCGUGCUUGCGCGUAUGACGCGCACGGCUGGAACAUGCAGUGUGGCAUUGGAGAGGGGCACGUGUGUGGUUGCCCACGUGCACAGUGGGCGGGGCUAAUACAACUUUUGCAUAUAAUUAUACAAUUACAAUGUCAAGUAUUGCACUUGGCUUACGCUGGAAGAGUUAUAUAAGGUGUAUAUUUUAAUAAUACUGCGGUAAUAAUAUUAACGAUUAUCCUUGCCGGGUGACUAAUUCCUUCUGUAAAAACAAGACAAUGGAAUCAUAUGAAAUACAUUUUAGACUUAAAAUACAGUUGAGGAAUAAAUUGUAGCUACAAACUGCCAUGUUGCAAAAAUGCACUCGUCUGAAUUUAAAAGAAAGAAGGCAUUUGCGAGAUUCUGAAAAUCAUGUUCCCUAGAAUAAGGGGAAAGAUGAAACGGGAUUUAAAAGUUUUUUUGUGCGUAGAACUGGCUAAUCAGAAAAAAACUGGCUUGUCAAAAAAAAAGUGGAAAGUCAAAUCUACCAGACAAGUUCUAGUGUAUUUCUCAGUUUCUAAUUGUCUUGAGAGGAGAAAAUAAAUGAAAUAAUUUGUGAAAAUUUCAAAUGUAUAAUGACAUUAUUAGCAUUUGCUCUCAUUAUUUUUUUUUAACAAUAACGACUAUUUGUCGGUUUUCUGUGUAAGGUGUACGCUUUACUAUAAUACAUCAAGUACUGUUGCUUCUUAGCCAAGUGCCAAACCACGCAAUUCAGUGUGAGCACUUGUCUUUGGUGUCUGUGUGUGUGUGCUGCUCGGUUUGAAAAGCCGGCAAAGGGAAUCUUAAGAAGAAUUCUUGAAUUUCUUGGCACA